CGUAGUAGUAGCGUGCCGAGCGAGCAGUAAGCAGUGCUGAACGUCGUCGUCGUUUCUCAGUGUCGCCGCGGCGCUCGUGCCAGACGGUUGGUUCUCUCAAAGUAGUUUAUCGUGCAGCGUGUAGCGUCGUUUCGAACGUGUUCGUUCCGUGCAAACGCUUCGGACUAAAUUGGAUUAAACAGACGCGCUGGAUCCUCCGACUUCUGGGGCCUCGCGAUCGAUGCUAGGCCGAGCGGAAUCUUUCGCGCGAGAUUCUGUUCAGCGAGGAUAACAGCGACGUGAUUUAAAACGUUUCACGUGUAAACGUUGUUACCAGUGUACUUGUAAAAUCGGUACGCGAGUGCGCGAAUUAACGUCGAGCCAUUUGCGCGAGUUUGAAAAGUGUAACGCCACGUGCAACACCGGCGCCAUCUCAGGUUCAAUUUCGAAUUUCGCGCGACGCGGUGUACCGCGACAGUUCGUGAAUCAACGUGACGCGGCUUUUUUCUUCGGUGAAAAAUCGUGGUUAUUUGGUGGUUCUGUUCGUGGCCGUGGAACACACGGUGGGUGGCAACUUGUGGCGUGUUUCGAGCCGCGUUUGUACAAGUGGAGCUAACCUUGCUGACUGAACACGUGGAUGCAUGCCGCACUCUCGUCGGUGCCGCGCUUCUGACUGGCAGAGCUGUCUGCACGAAAAUUCCAGGUGCACAAGAAAAUGCGCGUGAGGUCAAGGUGACGGCAGAGAGCAUGGAGAGCAUGCAAGAUAGCGGCGGGCUACGGGUCGAUGGCUCGAGAGGAAGUGUCGCGACGGGUUUACCCAGCUCGAAAACGGUGAAUCAGUUGAAAAUAGUGGAAAGUGGUGAUGAAAGUGGCAACCUGGUGAACGUUGGCAAACAGGAGAUGGAUCCUUACAGGGAACUGGAACUCUAUCUCGCCAAAGUUAACGAGGAGAUCGGUGAGAUCAUCGAGUCAGCACCGAGCACUCCGCUGCUCAUUACCGACGAGCCAAAGUACCCGUCGCAGUCAGCUACGAAUCAGCCUGAAAAGCAAACGAACGAGGUGCACGGUGGCGUAAAGUCAUUACCGGUGAAAAGCUGUCCGUUCAGACGACAAAAUUCCUUGGGCAGAGGGUGCAACGGUGUGGAGGACAUAGGCGAUUGGUCGAACAGCAUCCUGGCCGAGUUCAACACGCUGAUCGAGAACGAGAUCAACGAGCUGACGAAAGAGCUCGAGCGGAACCAAAAGAAGGAACCGGCGGGGAUCGUGAAGUACAGGGAGCUGCUGAACGAGUUCGGCAUAUCGGACAGCGAGAGUUCCAUUGGUAGCUCGUGCGAGGCAUCGACCGAUCGAUCAUCGUCCCGGCGAAACAGGGAGACACACCGUGACCGACGAAAUGGAAAGUUGUUCACCGACGAGAUAGCCCAUCGUUUGCUCUUGAACUCCGAUUACGACGAGCCGCAUGAUCGUGUCGUUUCGCCGGAAAACAGUCGUCGGAAGAGCGGAAGUUUGCCGGAGAAUCUGCAGGACGUUAUCGCGGGUCGAUAUCCACGCGGCGAUGCGGUGAAUUCCGAUUACGACGAGCCCAGCAAUUCUUCGUCGAUGAAUUUCAUGGAGUGCCACGGCCAGAUCGACCGAAACUCUUCUAGUCUACCGUCGAAGUUGGAUCGCAAACACGUGGCCGACGGUUCGCGAACCAACUACCUCGAAAACAGUUAUGAACAACCAAAGAAACGCCUAGAGAUAAGUUCGAAGACCAAUGACGACACCGGUGCCGACAAACCCGUCGCGUCGUCCCACAUCAGCAUCGUCAUCGACACCGAUAAAACGAUCGAUGGAUCGAACGCUAAAUUGCCACCCAGGCAACGUUUGGAUGCACACAGGAAGACUAGUCUUCCGUUGAACCUGAUGAGCCAGAAACGGAGAAGGACACCCAGGUUGGCCAGACUUCGACGCAACGAUGAUCAGAUGGACGCCGACGACCUUGACGAGGAGAAAAAAUCGCUGGACGUUAAUGGAGCAAAGUCGGCACCGGUUACCCCGACCGAGGAGAAGAAAUCUCCAUUCUCGAAACUCUUGUGGAAGAAACACGCACCUGUCUUUCGCGAGAACGCUGAGGACGUUGUGCUCGUUAGAGUGUCCUCGUUACCCGAUCAGGACUUUCUUCAGUUGGAGAACGAGACGUCGCAGGAUGUCAAAAAUAGCAGGGUCAGUUCGAAGGAAGGCUUGUCGAAGAAGAGGGCCGUUUCUCCUUUGACCUUGCGUUCGGACGUUUCUGCUAAGAGGUUGUCCGAGUCUGAUAAGGACAUCAGACAGAUCAGCCCGGUGGACUUGAAAAAGUUCUCCCUUUCGAGAUCCAGGGGGAACGAUGUGGGUAUCAGUUGCGAUCUUCCAGAAGACAAUCCUGGCUCCCUUGGUAGCGUCGACAGCGGAAAACUGGAGAACGGAGACGUGAAAAAGAUAAUGGAUGAGCAGAACUCCAGAUCUGGUUCGCUACCAAUUUCUCUUCAGUCUUUGCUGUCAAAGCUUAGAAACGGUUCCGGAUCGUGUUGUCCAAAUAGCCCACCAAUGGAUUCACUUACUUGCUUUGACAUGGCAACGCAAACUUCACCACCUAUUUCCAGAAGCUCCAGCUUCACCUUCAGCGAUUGCGAAUCUCCUCGAGCGGAAUCGCAAAUGGAUUCGCAGUCGUUCCAAGACGAAAGCACGUUGGAUCCAGCAUCGCCGCAAGACACCGUGGACGAUGACAAUAGAUCCUCGUCCUCCUCCCAGGACCUUCUGCAGAGCAUGGACGAGAUUUCCUCCGGAAGUCUGUCGCCGGAUACAAUCGACCGAGCAUCUCCGCUCGAGAGCGGUAUCGGCACUGCCAGUCCUCCUAGAAGCACAGACCGACGGAUAGUUAAGCCCCCGUCGUCGAACAAGUGUCAUCGCAAGGAGACCUGGGAGAGGAUCCGGCGACGACCAUCGAAACUGAGCUCGCGAAACGACAAGCAUUCUCAAGACGUGUGGAUCAAACGCGAAAGCGUGCACACGCAAACGAAAGAAAACGACGAUCAAUAUUCUCAGGACGCGGUGGACAGCAGCAGCGGCUUGGACGACACCCUGCCGAGGACCAAACCGCUUCGUCCGACGAAUCUGCCGUUGUGUCUGUCCACCGCGAGCAGUUCUUUAAGUUCUGGAGAAUUGUUGGAAACUCCUCCGCGUGCACCCUCUUCGCCCUCGGCAGCGAGUCUUCAACUAAAACCGGAACCCCUCAGCGUCGAGAUGGGCGGAAAGAGCAGCAGCGCGCCAUUGUUGGAGAACAACGACGCUCAGAAAACGAACGGGAAGGUGCCGAAUUUGCAGCAGCCACGCUCGCAAUCGGAACGCCAGCUAUCAGAAAUCGAAGCCCAAGAGGCCUGCAAAUGGCUGAGAGCUGCCGGUUUUCCGCAAUAUGCGCAGAUGUACGAAGAUUACCAAUUUCCAAUAGAUGUUUCCGGCGUAGCCAAAGAUCAUCCCUUCCUCGAAGCUGAUUCUCUGCAAAGUCUAUUCAGAAGAUUGCACGCCCUCAAUCGGUGUGCUAAUAUGAAAAUUGACACUCAUCACACCCACAGCACAAGUCACAGCAAAAGCGGUGGCGGAGACGAUUCGGACGAGGAUAAUCAGUGCGCCUUGAGCGAGAAUUGGACGUUCGAGAAGAAAACCAGACGCUGGUCGCGCACGCCGCAAGCGAACGUCGAGAGGCUGCAGGCGAUCGCCGGGCAGAACGUGCAAUCCGAAGAGGACUCGGUGGAGGAUCGUCUGGAAGCGGAGGAAGCCGAGGACACCAUGUUGGACACUCUCAGAUACAGCAGCUUGCCGCCUGGAACGCUUCCCGAUGAGAUCGGUACCAGAUUUCGAAGAACCGGCUCCGAGAGGUUGAGGGACGGUGCCAAAGCUUUCCUCAGGCGAGUCGAGUCUCUCAAGUCCCGCCGGCGAAAGCACCAGAAUCGUGACGGUAUCGUCAUCAGUGGUCCGCAAAUUUUGGACGUGAUGUCGAUGCAGCAGAAGAUGAAGGAGCUGAACUGCGUGGACGUGUCGCCUACGGGACCGGCGCCGGUGUCCUUCAACGAUAUCCUGUCUGGAUCACCGCUUCACGUACCAGGAUCACCCGUCACCAUGCCGGCAUCUCCUUACCACCUUCCACACUCGCCGCUGACGAACACGCCGAGUCCGUUCGGCGACGAUUCCUCGAGUUACUGCUCGGACGGAUCGCAAGGAGGUGGUCCAACGCCUACGCCGACGCGUACGAAGAUGAAUCGCGCGAGAAGGUUCUUGCAUCGAGGUCGGGAGGAUCAGGGUGCACUGAGCGACUCCGAAUGUCAGCCUACCAGUUGGAGGCACAGGUACUUCCGAGACGCGAACUCCAACCAUGCCAAGGUGCUGGAGUACGUGGCCGCCCAUCCCCAGAGCCCCAAGGAGUCUCCGAGCAAAACCGCCUCCAUAAACAGCCGGGGUGGAAGCCUGAACCUGGGCAAGGAGUCCCAGAGGUACCGGGACAAGUUGUCGCAGAGUCAGGAGAGGCACAAGGAGGACAAGGUGACCGCGUUGAAGAGGGAGGACAAGAUGCACAAGAGUUUCAGGCAUCGCGACGACUCGUACAGGGAAGGCAAACCCUUGUCCAAAGAGGUGACGGUCUACAGGGAGAAGUCCAGGUCCAGAAGUUCCGAACUGGCUGGAAGUCAGGAGAGCAGUUCCACGGUAGCUAGCCGUGAUUCUGACCAGGAGGAGGAUUCGCCCAGACACAAGGGUACCGUUGUCAGGUGGCACAGCUUCCAAAGAGGAUCUCUGUACCCUGAACCGUUGGAUCCUCUGUGUCCACGAGCUAUGGCCUCGAUGUCCUGCGGGCAACUGUUGGUGCUGAGGAAACUGGCGUUACUGAAGUUGACCGCUUGUAUGGAACGUUACUGUCCCACUCACCGCACGGGAUGGAACUGGGAGCUGCCGAAAUUUAUCAGGAAGAUUAAGACUCCCGAUUACAAGGACAAAACGGUGUUCGGUGUGCCGUUGCUGUUGUCCCUGCAGCGGACGGGACAGGCCUUACCAAAGUGUAUUCAGAUCGCUCUGAGGUGGCUGAGGGCUAAUGCCCUGGACCAGGUUGGCAUCUUCAGAAAGAGCGGGGUUAGAUCGAGGAUACAGAAGCUGAAAAUGAUGACGGAGACGUUGGGGGAUAAUAUCAACUUCGAUGGGCAACAAGCCUUCGAUGUGGCUGAUCUGGUGAAGCAGUACUUCAGGGAACUGCCGGAAGCUCUCUUGACGAAUAAAUUGUCCGAGACGUUCAUAGCCAUUUUCCAACAUGUACCUGUAGAGCUACGACCGGACGCGGUGCAAUGCGUGUUGCUGCUGCUGCCGGACGAGCAUCGCGAGGCGUUGGAAACUCUGCUCGAUUUCUUGAACCACGUAGCGAGCAACGCUCCCUACAACCAAAUGACAGCCUCGAACCUGGCCGUGUGCCUGGCACCGAGCCUGUUCCACUUCAACCACAGCAACACGAACGUGACCAACAGGUCGAGCAGCGUAUCGCCACGUAGGAGAAAGACCGUGGGCAUUCCCGAUCAGAGGGAACUGUCGGAAAACAAAGCCGCUCACGACUGUCUUCUGUAUCUGGUCAAGAUGCAUCGUGAAUUAUUCAUGGUCUCCUCGGAUAUGUUGACGCAGUGUCAUUUCAAUUACAUGGAGGAAAGCGUACCGGUCGCGCUGGAAGAGCUUGGUUCGGAGCUGAAGCAGGACUGGAGGGGAUAUCUUUACGCCUGUACCACUGCCUUGCUGAAGGAGGCCCGUGAAAAAAGUCGAGGAUGGGUCAGCGUGAACAAUCCAGCCGACAGUUCGGUGGAAAUGGCGUACAAAAAAGUCGGAGACGGACAUCCGCUCCGAUUAUGGCGAGUGUCGACGGAAGUCGAAGCUCCACCAAACGAGCUCCUCCAUCGUGUGCUGAGAGAGAGACACAUCUGGGACCCACAGCUUCUGAAAUACAGAUUGGUUGUUAAGUUAGACACCAACGUGGAGAUCUUUCAGUACGCCACUGGGAAUAUGAGCCCCCUUCCCGCCAGGGAUUAUUGUGUGCUAAGAUCCUGGCGUAACGAUCUCUCUAAAGGAGCUUGCGUCAUCGUUGAAACGUCCGUGGAACAUCCGGAUGCUCCUGUCAUGCUUGGCGGAACACGUGGCAUUGUUUUGGCGUCGCGAUAUCUUAUCGAACCAUGCGGCAGUGGUAAAUCAAGGAUCAUGCAUCUUUCCCGAGUGGAUACAAAGGGACGCACUCCAGAAUGGUACAAUAAAAGUUACGGCCACCUAGCCGCCCUGCAUCUGAGCAAAAUUCGCAGCUCCUUCAAACACACAACAGAUGGUCCCGAGAGUAAAGUCUGAGACGAGGCAACCGUGCAACGAUCACCGUUGCACGGUCCUGGCAUGAAGCAACAAAAUCAAGAUGAUCAGAAUGUCCUGAAGGAUGCGCUACAAGUUCAGUCUAUCGACGAAGAGUAGAGAUUCGAUAUUGCGUCCAUUUCGUCGACACCAUGACCAGAAUAUGAAGGAACGAUAGAAAUUGUUCGUCGAAGAUGAACCCCAUCGCGUGUUUCUUCAGCCGAUCCGGAUAAAAUGUGCUAGAGAAACGAUACCGUGCUUCGAGCUUUAAUCGAUGUGAAGCAAUUUUCGUUGAAGCCUGAGAUGUUUUAGCAUAGUCGAGUUCGUUAGAUAGCAGAAAGAAUGAAAGGAUUUAUUGUUACCGUAAUUCUAGACGAAAAAUUCUCUGUGUAACGCUUUAUAUUGUCCAAGGAUCUUGCCGUCCAGUGAUUUUAAAAGUCGUUCAAUAGGCAGGAGACCGAAUCGAAACGCACGACCAUGGCGUAUCGUACGUGUAUUUUUCCCUCGCGUAGCUAAGGUAACGCGUUAUUUUUCCGAACAUAUUCGUUGUUGUUGUUCGAACUUCUGACAGCAAUGUUUGUUUUCAAUGAUAACAUAGACAGGAAACACACGAUAUUUCGCGAUGCCCUCGUACAACAUCGCGAAAAUGCCUUUCGAUGGUAGAUAGUGAUUUUAACAAGCCGUAUCCCGAUUAACACGUUGUUCAGAACAAACGUAAAUAUUUUUCGAUCGUAGUCGCUGAAAAAAAAGUACGUACAUCGCAGUCUGUGUAUUUAUCGCACGAUGUUUUACAAUCUCACCGAACGAUGAGCGAGUUACGUGGAAGAAGCCGCGCACAAUAUUAACACUUCACGCCGUUUAGCACUUAAGGGGCCCCGAUUUUGUAUGUUUCUUUCGGACCAAAUGCCAAUUUUUCUAUUGUACCAUAUCACGCCGCCGAGACGGCCGUUUUAGAGCGAGAUUAUUUUUUAAAUGUCGCGAAACAGACUGUGUAAAAUAUCAACGUAAACGCGCGUCGCACGUACAUCUAUUUGUAAACGUUCACGGAUGUAACGUGUUGUUAAAUUGCAUUUUAAUCGCGCUCCUAACCCUAACCUCACGAUUAACCCCGAUUAAUCGAGCAAUGCGAAAGGAUUUUGAAUAAACGUGUAAGUUUUCUCCGCCCGGUUCGCGAGCUGGGUAACGAUGUUAGCUCGUUAGUUAAAAAAAAGCAUAUCGUCAUUGUCGCUCGUAUCGAUGUUGAAACGUUGAAAUUGUCAUAGAGUCUAUUGUUAAUUGUCUCUCUGAAAUUGUACAUGUCAAAUGGAGCCGGUGGUUCGUGGAACUCUUUUUUUUUAUUAUUAUCGUUUCGAGAACGUUCGUCGUUCGUGCAUGCAUCGCGAUUACGCAUAGGGACCACCUUCGUUCGGAACCCACCCUCCUCCAAAAGAAAAACGAAAAAAAAUACAGGAAAUGGACCUGAAGAAAUAAUACACCUCAUCGAAUCGAAUUAUAAGUGUAUUUUAACAUAAUACUAGUCACUUACAAUUUAGAUGACGUUACGGAUAUCAUUAUUAUAAGUGUAUAGAUUUUUAUUCUACGAACGUUACGUCGAGAAUAUUUAAUUAUUAUUAUUAUUAUUAUAUUAUUAUUAUUAUUGACAUAAAGUAAUUAUAUGGAGAAGAAGAAAUAUAUGAUGAUAUUUUUGUGUCCAAAAAACGCCAGUAGGAGCACGCGAGUGAAAGUGAGAGAGGGAGAGCGUCUGAAUGUAUCUUCGUUAUUUGUAACAGACAUAUGAUCGUCUUUAUUCUUGUAAUCCGUGUUUCAAUAGAAUGUAAAUAUGUAUAUUGUACAACAAUGAAACACGAUUAUAUACUCAUUAAACGAGAUCGUUUUAUUUUCUCUA